AUGCGUCGUCGAGAGCCCAGUGAAAAUAAGCCAAUCCUCAUAGGCAAACAGGUCCAAUUUUUGCCUGUCAUCCCUCGCGAGGAGUCUACCCAGAUCAUCUGUCCACCCCCGUCUUCCCCCCAGCCAGCCGAGUCAGACCCGCUACCGAAAGCCACCGUAUCUGAGGAGACAGACAUCAAUGCAGAGCUCCAUUGGAUCGGCCAACACUGCGCUCUCGAGGAGAAGGAGGACUGGGUUGCUCGCAGUACUGGUGGUUCUGCUUUGAUACAAUGUACUGUGCGUGUGUCUGCAGCCGUGACCCUUGACACCGCCGGGCUUCUGACACCUCUCACUCUGCUCCCCGCUCCUGCUCCUGUCUACUCCUGCCUGAUCUGA